GCAACUUUAAGAUAUGGCGUUAGGAAAUGUAUUUCUUAUGACAGUUUUUGGCUUAUGCAUUCAAAAGACAUUAACUUUUUAUCAUGGAGUAUUCCCAAAUGACUUCGCAUGGGGUGCAUCAACUUCAGCUUACCAGACUGAAGGAUCUUGGAAUAAGGACGGCCGAGGAAAAAGUAUCUGGGACACGUUCUCUAAAACUUCCGGAAACAUCGUUGAUGGAUCAAACGGAGAUAAGGCCAGCGACUCUUAUAAUAAAUACAAAGAAGAUGUCCAGUUAUUGAAACAAUUAGGGGUUACGCACUAUAGAUUCUCCAUUUCUUGGAGUCGAGUCUUGCCAAGCGGUACCUUAAGUCCUAGGAAUGAGGAAGGAAUCAACUUCUAUAAAAAUCUAAUAAAAGAACUUAAAGACAACAAUAUAGAACCCGUGGUUACCCUCUACCACUGGGAUCUACCACAGAGUCUACAAGAUCAUGGCGGAUGGGAGAAUUCUACUACCAUUACCCGUUUUAAAGAAUAUUCAAAGUUGAUGUUUCAACAACUGGGUUCCCAGGUCAAGAUGUGGAUCACAAUCAACGAGCCCUAUGAUAUCGCUUGGUACGGAUAUGGAACCGGAAGUCAAGCUCCUGGAAUUAAAGAGCCUGGAACUAAACCCUACACUGUUGGACACAACUUACUUUUAGCGCACGCUAGUGUUUACAGGCUUUAUAAAAGGGACUUUGCUUCCUCUCAGAGAGGUAAAAUAGGAAUUGCUCUAAAUUCAGACUGGAAAAUGCAAAAAACGAACAAACCUGCUGACGAACAAGCCGCAAAAAGGGCUAUAGAAUUUAUGCUUGGUUGGUUUGCAAAUCCAAUUUUCGGAAAUGGAGAUUAUCCAGCAGAAAUGAAAGCCAGAGCAGGAAUCCGUCUUAAAACAAUAACCCCUGCUGAGAGAAGCGAUAUUAAAGGUUCAUCCGACUUCUUUGGAAUCAACCACUAUACCACCAAACUUGUUGAAGACAGUCCAUCCACGAUAAGUGGUGACAGCUAUGUUAAAGAUCUCGGCGUAAAGGAGUCGUUUGAUCCAACAUGGGAUGGACCAAAGGAGAAGAAAAUAUACCCAGAAGGAAUUCGAGAACUUCUAAAGUACAUAAAUGCUACGUACAACCACCCAAUUAUCUACGUCACUGAAAACGGGGUUGGUGACUGUGGAACACUGUUAGAUCAGACCAGGGUGAAUUACCUCAGAAAUUACAUCGACCAAGUUCUUACUUCAUAUGCACUGGAUAAGGUGAAUGUAAAAGGCUACUUUGUUUGGUCUUUACUCGACAAUUUCGAGUGGGGAGCUGGUUACACAAAAAAGUACGGACUUUACAAAGUUGACUUUGAAAGAGACGGUCGUGACAGAACUCCUAAGGCUUCGGCAAAUUUCUACAGGGACGUAAUUAGUCAUAAAGGAUUUCCCGCCUCCUGGAAGACAUCGGAGACUUCAUAUUACAUCAAGCAAGAUUUGGAAGAUCGUGAUGAUUUUAUCAGAGGACAGUUUCCUCACGGGUUUGCCUGGGGUGCAGCGACUUCAGCUUAUCAAAUUGAGGGCGGAUGGAACUCGGACGGAAAGGGGCCAAGUAUUUGGGAUGUUAAGUCACACAAAGGUGAAAUAGCUUACCAGCAGACAGGAGAUAUUGCAUGUGAUAGUUAUCAUAAGUAUAAAGAAGAUGUACAGAUGCUCGUCCGUCUGGGCGUGUCUCAUUACCGGUUCUCUAUCGCCUGGAGUCGUGUAAUGGCAGACGGAACACUUCACACAAUUAACAGCAAGGGCAUAGAAUAUUAUAAUAAUCUGAUUGAUGAACUUUUAGCCAAUCAUAUAGAGCCAAUGGUGACGUUGUAUCAUUGGGACCUGCCACAGGCUCUACAAGACAUUGGAGGAUGGCAGAACGAUAAAAUCAUCGACUAUUUUAACGACUACGCUAGACUCUGCUUCUCUUCCUUUGGUGACCGAGUCAAAUUGUGGAUAACAUUUAAUGAGGCGUUUGUGGUAUCCUGGUUGGGAUACGGUAUCGCUGUGUUCGCUCCUGGGGUGUACAGUCCAGACACUGGUGUCUAUGUAGUGGCCCACAAUAUCAUCCGAUCUCACACCCGGGCCUACCGUACUUACGAGAGCACAUUUAAAGCCAUUCAGCAAGGACAAGUUGGAAUAACCUUGGACUGUGAUUGGAAAGAACCCCAGACUGACAGUACCACCAGUCGAUACGCCGCCGAGCGAGCUCUACAGUUCAAACUUGGAUGGUUUGCCAACCCUUUCUUUGGUAAUGGAGAUUAUCCAUCUGUCAUGAAAAGAAAAGUUGCAGAUAAGAGCAGACGGCAAGGUUAUCCCAAAUCUCGUCUGCCAGAAUUUACUCCUGAUGAGAUCCAACAGAAUAGAGGUGCAUAUGAUUUCCUUGGGCUAAAUCAUUACACAACUAAUCUUGUUCGUGAGGAAAUUCGGGACAUUAACUGGCAUAGCUAUGAAAGUGACCAAGACAUCGACACUUCAGAAGAUCCGUGCUGGAACAAGACCGAAUCUGAUUGGUUACGCGUGAAUCCCUGGGGAAUUCGUCGGUUGUUGAAGUGGAUCAAGGAUCGCUAUGGUAACCCCCCUGUGUAUGUCACAGAAAAUGGUGUCUCUGAUAAAGGGGAAAUGAAGGACUUAUCAAGGUCUAGAUAUUAUACUUACUACAUCAACGAGGUUCUAAAAGCAAUAAGAAGGGACGGAUGUGACGUCAGAGGAUAUAUGGCGUGGGCCUUGAUGGAUAAUAUGGAGUGGAACAGUGGCUAUACGCAGAAAUUUGGUCUAUAUCAUGUUAACUUUGAUGAUCCAAAUAGACCACGAACUGCAAAGCAUUCUGCAUCAGUGUAUGGCAAAAUAGUUAGGGACAAUGGGUUUGGAUAUUUAUGAGAAUAUAAUAGUUUAGGAAACCAUGAAGCAGUUAGUUUUAAAUAAGAGAUACAGUAAUCUAAAUGUAUUUUGCAUCCGUAUAAAUCGUAGGAAUCGAGAAUUUUUGUAUAUAAUUGUUUAGAAUCCACGUGCCUGAAUAAACUAAAAGAGGUAACUUAGUUAUGAAUAACAGUAUAGUACUACUGCAGGAAAAUUAAAUGAAAAUAUUUAUUUUCUGAUGUUUAGUCUAUGAAUCAAACCGUACACGAACCAACAA